GAAAGAAAAGGUUUUGCUAAUGGUGGAGCUCCUCACCUCCUUAUCCCCAGCGCCGCGGCGCCCGUCUCCGACUCCGGCAGCUCCUCGCCGGGGGCCGCCACCUCGCGGCCGUGCCUACUCCCCUCGCGGAGUGACCCUCCGCACCGCCACCGUCGCGGACGCCGCGCCCGGCGCCGACGACUACCACUCUACCAUCCGCUCCCUCAACUCCAGCGGCCGCCACGUCCCCCGCAAGUCGCUCGGCCAGAACUACAUGCUCAACUCCAAGGUGAACGAGGAGCUGGCGGCGGCGGGGGGGGGGGGGGGGGGGGUGGAGGAGGGGGACGUCGUGCUCGAGAUCGGACAGGGAACCGGGUCACUCACCGCCGCGCUGCUCGAGGCCGGCGCAACCGUCUUCGCCGUCGAGAAGGAUAAGCAUAUGGCUACCCUUGUGAAAGAUAGGUUUGGAUCUACAGAACGACUGAAGGUCAUCGAAGAAGACAUCACAAAAUUUCACAUUCGCUCCCAUUUUCUUCCUUUCAUGAAGGAGAAAUAUCAUAACACUACAAAACGUGCAAAGGUUGUUUCAAACUUACCAUUCAAUGUCAGCACCGAAGUUGUGAAACUACUACUCCCAAUGGGGGAUAUUUUCUCUGUUGUGGUGCUUAUGCUUCAGGAUGAAACAGCAGCGCGCCUUGCAGAUUCUUCAAUACAAACUCCAGAGUACCGACCUAUAAAUGUGUUUGUGAACUUCUACUCAGAACCUGAAUACAAGUUCAGAGUGGACAGAGAGAAUUUUUUUCCUCGACCAAAGGUUCAUGGCGCUGUUAUCAGCUUUAAACUAAAGAACGCCGAGGAGUAUCCACCAGUUGGUUCCCCCAAAAGCUUCUUUUCAAUGGUGGAUUCUGCUUUUAAUGGGAAGCGCAAGAUGCUUAGGAAAUCUCUUCAGCACCUAUGUUCUUCUUCUGAGAUUGAGGCCGCUCUUCACAAAAUUGGCCUUCCAGUUACAGCUAGACCUUCUGACCUGAUGUUGGACGAUUUCGUGAGAUUGCACAGUCACCUGGUGGAAGUUUGAUUAUAUGCAGUGCCUUCGAAAUGCCUAGGAAAUUGCUUGUUGGCAUGGUGAUGAAGUGAGCGGGGCCUGACUGCCAGAGAGUUGCUCUGCAGAUAAAACCUGACCCUUAAUACCGGAAGUAAAUUGGCUAGAAGGAUAGGAUCUUGCAACUUGAGUUCAGAUUUUCUGAUCCUGGCAUUUGGGCAAUUGAGAUUCUGCUAACCUCCAGUAACCAGCUGGGUUUUCUUCGUGGGUUACAGGUGCCUCCAGCUCCAGCUCAGCUGCCGCAAUGUUGUGUUUGAUCUACUGGCACGCAGUCAACAGUUCUCCAUGGAUGGUGAUGUUCAAAUUUGAAAGCAAUAUUUCUCCAUGCCAUUGAAAUUGUACAAUCCUGCAGAAAAGAAGGGCGCUAUAUGUGUCACGUAUUUACAGUUCACUUGAUCUAGAUGACUACCAUGUGCAUACUGGAUCUACUACCCUGGUUCAUCUCUUCGCAAAUAGAGGAGGCGAUGUAAGACCAAAGAUGCAUACCGGAGCAAUGUAAGGCAGAGCAAAUACGCUUCACGCCGGUGCAUGGUAUGUUGCUGAUAGAUAGAGGUGACAGGUUUACUCCGGUGAUAGAUUAAACUGUUGAGAUGACAGGUUUAUAAUUGACGUCAAUUAUAAACUGUACUGAAAGGACACUUUAUCCUCUCUUCCAGUACGGGCGUGCUGAAAUAAUCAGACAGUAGUUGCGUACUUGUCAUGAUAAACUUACAGACAUUGUAUUAAGACACUCAUGACCGAUAGCCAAAAAAAAAUUAUGGUAAUCAUGUUUAUAUAGAUGGUAAAAAAAGGUUUCCAUGA